CUCAACCUGCCCGGUACACCGCCCCCAGAAUGUCAUACUGUACGAGCCGCAUGUUCAUCACAAGUGCUGAUUGCACUCCGACAACCAUCUAAACUUCCGCGGCACAGUUUGUAGAAUAAAGUCCAGCCUGCUGCUGAGCACACGGUCGGAUUUGCAACAAAACACGAGCCGGAGACUGUUUUCUUCAGCACGCCAGGGGAGUUGGACAUCCGCAGGUAAUUACAGUGCUGCUCCGACGUUUGGUCGACAUGCUCGGGAUCUGCAUUUGUCUUUGUGCGGUUUUCACACAUGUCCUCUCUCAGGAGGCUGAGGAGCCCAUCUCAUACACAUGCACAGAAGGGUAUGAGUAUGACAGAGUCAGAGAGCAGUGCAAAGACAUUGACGAGUGUGCCUUGUUAGAUGACGCCUGCAAAGGAGGAAUGCAGUGUAUCAACCACUUUGGUGGAUACCUCUGUCUCCCUAAGAGCGCCGUCAUCUAUAUCAGUAAGGAGGAUGAGCAGGUGCCCGUGCUGGACCCUGUCCCUCCUGUCCCACCAAGCCAGCCUCAGCUCCCAAGGGUGCUUCCAGGUGGCCAGAGGUUGUCUCAGUCCAGCAGGACCAUCCGCUGUGCAACCGGGUUCACUGCAGAUGAGCAGAACCUCUGCAGAGACAUAGAUGAAUGUGCAACAGGUAGACACACUUGUGGCCCUGAGCAGACAUGCUACAACACGAGAGGCUCCUACACCUGCCAGUGUCCUCCAGGCUACCAGAGGAACGGAGACCACUGUGUGGACAGAGAUGAGUGUACCCUGACCCACUACUGCAUGCACAGGUGUGUGAACACACAGGGCUCAUACUACUGUGAGUGCAACGUGGGUCACAAGUUGGCCAGCAACAACCACAGCUGUAUUGAUGUGAAUGAAUGUGAUGUGCAGAGUCCCUGUCAGCACCACUGCUACAACCUGAUUGGCUCCUUCCUCUGCCAAUGUGACCAGGGCUAUGAGCUGGCACAAGAUACGGUCUCAUGCCAAGACAUUGAUGAAUGUAGCUUCUCCAGCUACAUGUGUCAGUACCAGUGUAUAAACAGCCCAGGAAGUUACUCCUGUGAGUGUCCAGAGGGAUAUCAGCUCCAGGGAAACAGGUUGUGUCAAGACAUAAAUGAGUGUGAGACAGGGACCCAUAACUGCCAAGAUGAUGAAAUGUGCUGGAACUAUUACGGAGGCUUCCGCUGUUAUCCCAGAAACCCCUGCGAGACGCCUUACACCAAAACCUCUGAAAAUCGCUGUAUCUGCCGAUCUCAGGCUGAGUGCCAGGGUCUCCCACCUUCAAUUGUCUAUAAAUACAUGAGCAUCCAGUCGGACCGGACUGUACCAGCGGACAUCUUCCAGAUUCAGGCCACUAACAUCUAUGCCAACACACACAACACCUUCAGAAUCAAAGCUGGGAAUGAGGGAGGAGAGUUUUUCCUGCGACGCUCCAGCAAUGUGAGUGCCAUGCUGGUGCUAACCAAGCCUCUUACAGGCCCCAGGGAGUACAUCGUGGACCUGGAGAUGGUCACUCACCAUCUGACCAUGAACUACCGGUCCAGCUCACUGCUGCGGCUCACCGUCAUAGUCGGGCCCUAUGCCUUCUGAGCACCAUAAUCCCAGCAGCCCGCAUAAGUCUGGUUCAGCAAACAUAGCAUUGUAACACAGCAGAUACCUGUAUCAGCAUAACAAACAGUACAUUUUCAUACAAUACAAGCAUACAACAUAUAACAUAGGCUGUGCCAGAGUCAUACAGCAGAACAUCAGUUCCAAUAGGCUUGCUCAUGACAAAUCAACCCAGGCUGUAAUGUGACCACUGGGCAUCUUUUCCUCUCUAGGUGCAAGGGAAGCAUUGUGAUGAAGGUUUUCAGUGUUAAGCAACAGCAUUAACAUAAAAAAAAAAUCUUUAAAGUUGAGAUAUUCUUCAAUUUAAGUGCCUUAAUUGGACAUAGGAAAUACCCUGGAUGCGGUAUUUUCACCUGGAAUGGUUGUUAGCUGCUUCCAUACUGGGAACAAAGCAGUGGCAGUCAGGAAAAGAAGCCUAGUGGACACACAUCCUAACUGUGAUGAAUUUCUUUUGAUGCAGCAGUACCUACAUUUAUCACUUUGUUGACCAGAACUGCUUAUCGUAACCUGUGUGCAUCACUGAAGCACACUGUUGUAGUAAAUGGGGGGGGGGGGGGGAUCACAUUUUCUAUAUAAAUGUACAUGAUAAAUGUCCAAUAUGAGCAGCUUUUGAUACAAAAAUAAUUUACAAAUCUUGUAAAUCACAGCUUCUGUUGAUAAAUGUUGUAGUGGUUAGUUCUUCUGCGCCACACUGUUUGUGCAAGUUUCUGUAUAGUUUUACUCAUGAGUAAUAAUUUCCAGAGAAGUUCAGAAGUGUGAAGGGAGGGAAUUUGCCUGAGUUGAGAGAGUACUAAAACUUUGCAUGACAACAGGCUUGAUGCUCAUAGGCUUUACUCACAGGAGUUAAGUCAUGUACAUACCGAGUUAACAAAUCAGUGUACGUGGAUGUUUAUCUGACUGUGUGUGUGUGUGUGUGUCUGGCUUUGUUUACUGUAUGCAUGCAAGUAGAAGUGUGAAACACAGAGGGAGAGAAAGGGAAAGAGUGAGAAAGAGCUUGUUCUCUGCCCCGGGUCUGGUGAAUGUGCCUGAGCUGUUUAUGCAUUUCUGUGAUGCCAUCCCUUCAGCCCUCGGUCACAGAGGCAAUUACAAGAGAUUUUUGAACUCGAGAGCACCCGCAGGAAAUGACGGCUUUCGUAACACACCUUGGCCAAUUGACCGCUCACCGGUGCCACAGUAACUCUCCAGAGGAACAGCUGGGCUUUCUAAAGUCGCUCCCAGUCAGUAAGUCACACUGGCACCAGGCUGCCUUACGUGAUAAACAUAAUUACAGUGCUUUGACCUGUAACUGGUUCAUGUGUGACACAGAGGAUUAUUAAAGUGUUAAUUCAAUGUCACCACACUUUUUGGCAGCAUGAGAAAUCUUUCACUACCUGCUUUUAUGACCCCUGCUCUGGCUUAUUGCUGAAAUACUAUACACUGUUGACACACAGCACCAAAAACCACAUUGAAAAGCAGCAUGUUGUCACCACUCUAAGUGUAUUAAACUAUCUGUCUUUGUUUUUAUGUGGUUUCAGCAGUGAUCAUGCCAUAGUGCCUUAGAGGUAUAAUAAAUUGAACACUAAUCUUAUCAUUCAUGCUGUCAAGACUGUUGGAUUCCUUCACUGAAAUGCCUUAAAGUCUUUCUCUUCUAUUUAAAAUAUAUUUUGUCAUAUGUACCUUGUAUUGAUUGUACUCUGAAGAGCAAAAGUUAUAUUGUUGAAUAAAAUAUGAUGGAUAAAAGGG